AUACAUUGUUGAUAUUGUAAUGUUACCAAGUAACAAAAGACGAGUGUUACAAUAGGUUGUAACUAAAUCGCCUCAAUAUUGAGAGGUGUGUAUGCGCGAGACAUGAGUGCCUAUGUAGCUCAGCUAGUAGGAUGAGUUGUCAUCAGACUUCUACAGCUGGGAGUGGGACCGACGACUAUUCUGUUCAACAGGAAAACGAACUAGAAGCGCUUGCAUCCAUUUUUGGAGAUGAUUUUCAGGAUCUGCGGAAUAACCAUCCAUGGAAGGUAGGCCUACAUUCAACACAAUUGUUUGAUGAAUAGAGUUCCUGAUUGCUGACUUUCUGAUGCAAUGUGGUGUUGAUUACACCAACAGGUGCAUAUAUAUAUAUAGUUAACCUAAAACGUACACGAAUAAUUCCUAUAUUUGUGGCCUUCUGUGUUGUGCUUUCUCCUCAUUCAGAUCAAAAGGCCACCCGAGGUAUACCUGUGCCUGCGACCUAAUGGACUAAGCAAUGGGAAGGAAAGUUAUGUGACAGUGGACUUGCAGGUCAAAUGCCCACCAACAUACCCAGAUGUGUGAGUGGCAUUAGAUGAAUCCAUCAAUGGAAUGCAUGUCAUACAGUAUACCUUGCCCUAGAUUUAUGUAUAAUGUUAGAUCAUAUUGCCUAGUAUGCACCACUGGGGCCACGUGUAGUCAGGCCAGCUGUUGCUGUCUGAUUAAAUAUGAAUAACAACCGCCACCUCUGGCAUUAGGAAUACUGUGCCUGAUAUGUACGUUCAACGUGUCUUUUGGUUUGGGACAAUCGCCUAAUCUUUUAAUCUGUUUGGAAUAAAAUGGUAUAUGUUUUUAAGCAUUCAUUCCUUUGUUUGUUUGGGAGACAGGACUCCAGAACUUGACUUGAAGAAUGCCAAAGGUCUCUCCAAUGACAACCUCCAGAGCCUCCAGACAGAGCUCACUAAACUGGCUGCAGAGCGAUGUGGGGAGGUGAGAUAGACAGACAUUUACAGGCCGACAGACAGAUGACAAACAUCUCCACUGAACCCUUAGACACUACAAUGAUAAUUUUGCUUUGGUCACGUCUUUGUGUAAGUCUCAAAAUGCUGUAUUUUUUCCAUCACCUUCCCCUCUCUUCCCCCAGGUGAUGAUCUAUGAGCUUGCAGACCAUGUCCAGGGGUUCCUGAGUGAACACAACAAGCCUCCGUCCAGCUCCUUUCACGAGGAGAUGCUGAAGAACCAGCGGCUGCAUCAGGAGAGGCUAGCCCUGGAGGAGCAGGAGAGACUGGACCAACGCCGCAGGCAGGAGGAGCAGACGGUAAGGAGGAGACACACACACACACACACACACACACACAAAUGUAUUGUAGCUUUAAACCCUUUAGCCUUUACAGAAAUGUGAGAUCAUGGCUGAAAUCCAAAGAAGAGAGGAGGAGAAACGAGAGGAGAAGAGGAGAAAGGAAAUGGCCAAACAGGUGCCUUCAUAAUCUUCAAAUGUUUACAUUUAGCCAACUCACUUUUUUAGAAGAUAAGCAAUACUUCUUAUCGCUCCUUUGGAAAAGUGCUUGACUUUAGGUUUUUAGGAUACUGAUCAUCAAUUAAUAUAAUAUUGUUUGAAACCAAAUUAAUUAAAAUAAUGCUUGUUUUGACCUACAUAUUAUAAAGAAACCUCCAUACAAAAUAGAGCAUGAAAUGUAAACAUAUUCUGGCUUUGUGACUGCCCAGGAGCGCUUUGAGAGUAUGGACCAGCCUGCCGUAGAAAGUUGUUCUUUAUUGGGCAGCUCACCUUGUUCCCCUGGGCCUCCACCUGAGCUCACUGAGCCCAGAAGAGGGGCCAACCACCGGAGACGAACAAACUCCAACACCCGCCACAGGCACGGACCAGCUACAUGCAUUCAUAAGAUAAAGCUCUGUGCCUGAACUACACUGAGCUAACUCUGCAUUUGUUUUUGAUGUCACCAGACGGGACACAUACAGCGAGGAUAGCCCACGAUCACAGGAAGUGCUUCACUUCAGCAACAGUACCCUGGGGGACCUCAUAGUGCAUAGAGGGAAGUGCCUCGGUAAGAGAUGAUAAUUUCCUGUAAAUCUCUCUCAUUAUGUUGUUUUGCAUUGUAGUUUACUGUACUGUCAAAUGUUGAGUUGUGCGCCUCAGUAUGCUAUGUGUCUGUCUCUGGAAGGGGAGAGUGAGAGGCUUGGCCGUAAUGUUUAUAAUGCGUUCGAUGCGACCAACGGAGAGUUUGCUGUAGUAUACGAGUGGAUCCUACGCUGGAACAAGAAGAUUGGCAAGUUCUUUACCAGUGAGGAAAACGGGAAGAUUGACAAUUGUAAAAAGCAGGUGAGUAAUUCCUAGCUGAGAUCUGACAUCAGAUGUUAAAGUCAUAGAUUUCAAGAUAUUGUAACACAGAUGCCUACACACUAAGUAAUACCCUCUGUCCGUUUCUUUAUAGAUCCAUGGGGCAGAGAGUGAGCUGAACUCACUGCUGAAGCUGGAGCACCCUAACCUGGUGCACUACCAGGCCCUGAGCUCCAGUGAGAGGGAUGACUGCCUGGUGGUGGACCUGCUGGUGGAGCAUGUGGGGGGCAGCAGCCUGAGCCAGAGCCUGGCCAGCCAGAACCCCAUCCCCCUGGACCGCCUCCGCCAGCACACCACCCAGCUCCUGGCUGCCCUCCACUACCUCCACUCCAACUCCGUUGUCCACAAGCAGCUGGGCGCCUCUAGUGUGCUGCUGGACUACCAGGGCAACGUGCGUCUCACAGACUACAGCCUCUCCAAGAGACUGGCCGACAUCUGCAAGGAGGACAUCUUUGAGCAGGCCCGCGUGCGCUUCUGUGAGGACGUGCUUCCCACCAAGGCUGGGAAGAAAGGGGACGUGUGGAGCCUGGGGCUUAUGCUGCUGGCACUGAGCCAGGGGAAGAAGGUCAGGGAGUACCCGGUGUCUGUGCCCACCAGCCUGCCCGCUGACUUCCAGGACUUCCUCAACAGGUACGCCUGCCUGACAAUAACCAUCCACUCAGUUUGGCCAGACAGCUAGUCUCAGUGACAGCUAGACAGCCCAGUCUCAGCCACUUCUUCCAUGCCUGGACCUUCUCACAUUUUAAUGGUGUCAGUCAAUUAAAACUUUCAUUUUUCUGUGGUUAAAUGAAAACGUGUUUUACAGAUUAUGACUCAUUAGCACAUGUGUUUUUUGAAUAUCUAGCUAGAUGAUUAAGGAAACAUGUCAGCUUUACUAUUCUUUUGAUAGAAACCAUGCACAUUGCACACACAGGUUCAUUUUGAUGUAUUGAACUUUCCUGUGCCUUUUGGCCCAUUGUCCUCCUAUCAUGGACAAUGUGUUAAUCAGGGCUUGGUUGUCAGAGCUCAUCCUCUGUGUUUGGGUACCAGUGUUAGUGUAGUGUACUGUGGAUGCAGAGUAACACCGUGUGGACCAGAUGAAAAAUGUAUGCACUCACAAACUGUAAGUCGCUCUGGAUAAGAGCAUCUGCUAAAUGACAAAAAAAUAAAAUGUUGACGGUCCACAGUGGGCCUUGCCAGGAAAGCCCUACAUGAAUGUCAGCUCUAAUGGAAGUUUCCAUGCGUAAUGCACCGUUCACUGUUCUGUGCGUGUGUAUGCGUGUGUGUGUGGUAGGUGUGUGUGUCUGAAUGAUGCUGACCGCUGGAACACCCAGCAGCUCUUGGACCACCCCUUUCUCAACCCUCCACCUCCAAAGAUCCCUCCACAGUGCCAGGACGCUAGUCCAGAAGGUGACAACUUCUCUUUACAAAGUUCAGAACAGGGCCAUUAGAUAUUUUCAGUCUUAAAGCCUAUAAAGUUGUGAAAAGAUGGUUACCUUUCAGAGUCCUGAUUCACUAUAUAGAGUCCUGACUUGUGUUUUCUGUCCUCUCCCAGACAAUGGUGAUGACUUUGUGUCGUCGGUCAUCCCUCACAGUUACAUCCUUAACGCCCCAUUCAGCACUGGGCUGCAGAGGCAGUUCUCACGUUAUUUCAACGAGUUUGAAGAGCUACAGCUGCUGGGGAAAGGAGCUUUUGGUGCCGUUAUCAAGGUAAACCAUGUUUAAUAUAGCAUAGCUGACAGUAAGUAGCUUUCAUAGCCUUCCUCUUUUCUUUUAGGCUGUGGUUAUUGUUCACAAUGUCUGUAUUCCCUUGUCUCCCCACCCUCUCUUUGUGUGCAGGUCCAGAACAAGUUGGAUGGCUGUUACUAUGCUGUGAAGCGUAUCCAGGUGAACCCGGCCAGUAAGCAGUUCCGUAGGAUCAAAGGUGAGGUGACGCUGCUGUCGCGCCUCAACCAUGAGAACAUUGUCCGCUACUACAACGCCUGGAUCGAGAGGCAUGAGACCCCCUCCACAGGCGUACUGAGCUCAGACAGCUCCGAGCCCCAGAGCACAGCGGAGAAACUGCCCCAGGUCCGAGCCCCCUCUCUGGGCCUCAACGAGCUGGGCAUCAGCAUUCUUGACAAUGUGGAGGACAACGCCCCUCCCCCCGCUCUGGCCAGCUCGGUGGAGUGGAGCACCUCCAUCGAGAGGUCCUCUAGCGUCAAGUGUAGUGGCCACGAGUCCAGCGAUGAAGACGAUGAUGAAGAAGAGGAUGUCUUCUGUGCCUCGUUCCUGUGAGUUCUUCUGAGGCACCGUACAUCUGGUGCAGUGUCCUUUGCACUUGAUAUACUGAAAUAAAAUGUACUUCUUGUUAUUUGUUUUGUUUACAUCCAGCCCAUCAAACAGUGACUCAGAGAGUGACAUCAUUUUUGACAAUGGAAAUGGCAGCAUUUCCCAGGUUAGUGUUCACAUGAUUGCCAUGGUGUGUGUUACUAGUGUGUACAAUUUCACCAAUUACAUUCAAUGUAAUCUCCAUUCCUUAGGAGGAGCCAAGCAAGAGAGUGGGGGGUGACACGACAGAUAGCACAGACUCGGAGAGGCCACAGCUCAUAGCACAUUAUCUUUACAUCCAGGUAAGGCUCAGUUUACUAGCACUUAACUAAUGCCCCACUAGAGGGCACUGUUUUAUGUCUGAUAUCUAACCCAGGGGUUCUCAAACUUUUUGGGGCCGGGACCCUUUUGUGAUAGAAAAUUAAUCAGGGACCUCCUCAUAAUCAGAACUUGUCCUGUGUUCUCUCCUCCCUCCAGAUGGAAUACUGUGAAAAAAGCACUUUACGAGACACCAUUGACGAGGGCCUGCAUCAGGACAACAGUCGCCUGUGGAGGUUCUUCAGGGAGAUCCUGGAUGGCCUGGCCUACAUCCACGAACAGGUCUGUCUGUAAAGCACCGUCUCCCCUAAUCAAUGUCCCCUUCAGAGUGCACUGCAGGGUUCAAUGUCUGCUUUAGGGUGUGGAACAGAGAUGUAAUGUUAAGAUCAUAGUGUUGGAGAAGAGUUGAGAGAGAGAGGGGACGAGGAAGUCCAGGACAGUCACUGCUUGUGAUUCUGUUGUUCCACUCCAAGUAUCUGCUAAAUCUUCUGAUCCCAAUGUCAAUUUGCUAGGUUCAUGGUGGACAUUGAUAUGGGAUAUAAUUUGUGCUGUAUGAAUUAAUGAUGACUGACUCUCCACCUUUGGCAAAUUGUAACUAUGGGAAUUUUGGGUGCAAGUGUUUUGAAAUAUGUUUUAAAGAUCCUCUUCUCAUUUCUUCAAAUGCUCAAAUGUUCUGGCAUACGUGUACCUUCCUACCUCUAUACCAAGAAGCCAAGCUGUCACAGCACGGCCCAGAACAACAAUGAUGACACGCAUGACAUGCUUCCAGCCAUGGUUCCAAUUAGCACUAAUUGAUCACCUCUCCAUCACCCUUCCAACAGGGGAUGAUUCAUCGAGACCUCAAGCCUGUCAACAUUUUCUUGGACUCUCAGGACCAUGUGAAAAUUGGAGACUUUGGCCUGGCCACAGACCAUCCUGCUAAUAUGGUAUGCCUUAAUGUCCUCAGCUCCGCUGUCUCCUGGUGAUGGAGAUGAAUUAACUGAUACUUUGAAGUUUAUGUUGAGGUCUAUAAGUGGAAUGUUGACGCUGUAUCACGUUUGUGUAUUUCUUGUGUUUUUUUGUCCUAAUGUCAGAAUUGUAAUGUGUUGUUACCUUCUCUGCAAGCCCAAAUAAGUCAAGAAUCAACAAAUAAGUGGUUUUGACUGUACAUUUAAUCUCCUCAUAGGCUGCAGCAGGUAAACUGGAUAUUGAGGACAGUGGCUCUGUUCUGAUUCUCAAAUCGGACCCAACAGGUACUUAGAAGCAACAUCCUUCCACAUCAAACUGCCUCUAGUGUUUCAGGCUUUGUGACUCUGUUAAGCUCAUAUUUUCUACCUUAUUUCUGAACAGGGAAUAUGACUGGUAUGGUUGGUACUGCCCUGUAUGUCAGUCCAGAGGUGCAAGGAAAUACCAAAGCCACUUACAACCAGGUAACAAAUACGAAUGGAACAAGCACCAACGUCAGUUCAGAAGAACAAAAUAAAGAGACAUUGUCUCAGUACAAUCAUUCAUCAAAGAUCUCAAAAGUAGUCUCAAAAUAAUUAUACUAUCUUGUAAUGACUUAUUAAGGCCCUUGACUCCUGGGUGGAGCACAGACUGUCCUCCAUCAUCUGAGGCAGUUCAAGGUUUUCCCAACGGUGAUACUGUAUUCUCACUAGGAAAUAUAUCAUUCUGAAUUGACUGUAUGAACCUGAUGUAAAGGGGAGAGGGUUCAUCCCGUGAUCUGUGUUUCUCCUCAGAAAGUGGAUCUGUUUAGCUUGGGUAUCAUCCUGUUUGAGAUGUCCUACCGGCCCAUGACCACCGGCUCUGAACGCAUCUCAGUCCUGAGCCAGCUGCGCAUGGUGAGUCUAUCCAGCACAGAGAACACAGACAGGUGUAGUGUGGGGGGGCCACGGGAAUGGUCUCAAUCACUCAUCUCUCAUCGCUGUUCCAUUACUCUGUCAUUCCACCCUGCAGGAGGACAUCCACUUCCCUGAAGACUUCCCUGAGUGUAAGAGUGGAAUGCAGGUGAGGAAGGACAUAUUCAAUUCAUGUUACACAAGUUAUACUCUCAGCUCUGUGAAACUCUAUGUAAAAAGUAGAAGUAGUAGUUCACUUUAUAGUCCCACAAUGGGAAGUUGGUAAUGAAACUUAACUGAGUGACAUUACACAGUAUGGACAGUUUGAUUUUGAUUGACUGAUCCUUAGCCCCGUGUCUAUCUCAGAGGAACGUGAUUGGCUGGCUGUUGAACCAUGACCCGGCCCUGCGUCCCACAGCCCAGGAGCUCUUGAAAAGUGAUCUGCUGCCCCCACCCCAGAUGGAGGAGUCAGAGCUCCACGAGGUCCUGCAGCACACCAUGGCUAACGUCAACGGCAAGGCCUACCGUACCAUGGUCAACCAGCUGUUCUCCCAGAACACCUCCCCUGUCAUGGACUACACCUACGAUAUCGACCUCCACAAGGUACUAGGCCUACUGCUCCGGCCAACACACUGACACAUUGGACCAGACCCCUCAAACCUGGCCUAGCCACACAAACACAACACAAAGCCAACCAGACGUUAAAGCUUGGGUACCAUUAUUCUUUCUGCCAUUUCAUAGCAUCUCAAACCACUGUUUGUGACAGACAAGUAUUGGAGAAUUUGUCUUGAAUGCUCAGAAUAGAAUGGUCCAAUGGUCCAAAGUGGCAAGAGCGACUCAUCUCCUCCUGUAGGUGUCACUGUAGACACAGUAAUGAUGCUGUUCCUGUGUUCCACUACAGUUCUCCUGUGAUCUGGUCCUCAUCAUGCUGGGGCUGUUUGAGCUUUAAUCGAUGCCUUUUGAUUCCUAACAGACUGCGUUUGUUUUGUUUUGCUGCAGGGUAGUUUUAAUUUCAACAGUGCUAAAUUGCAACAGUAUGUGUACGAAACAAUCACCAGGAUCUUCAAGAAACACGGUGAGUCUGGACUUUUUUGACCCAUUUCAAGAGCUGAAGUCAUGUUUACUCCCUUGGGCAAACGACUUGACCCAUUCCACUCUAACUCGCUGUUAUGAAGACCUCACUGGGGCCUUGACUUGAACAUCUGCUCACAUAUAUACUGUUGUCUCUGGUGACAAUAAUUAUAUGCAGAUGUUUGGUUAUAUAUACAUGUUGUAGACAUUUGUAAAGCCGCAAUUCUUAAUUUCCGUUUCUAUAUUAUCUGCUUCGUCCAGGUCAAGAUAAAAAAAUAUAUAUAUAAAUUAUGCAAUAUGCGAAGUAGAUGUAUUUGACUGGCGGGCACACUGGUUGAAUUUGAACUUCCAUAUUGUGUUUAUGAGGUUAUAUUAUUAUGUACACUACCAGUCAAAAGUUUGGACACCUACUCAUUCAAGGGUUUUUCUUUAUUUUGACUAUUUUCUACAUUGUAGAAUAAUAGUGAAGACAUUAAAACUAUGAAAAAACACAUAUGGAAUCAUGUAGUAACCAAAAAAGUGUUAAACAAAUCAAAAUAUAAUUUAUAUUUGAGAUUCUUCAAAUAGCCACCCUUUGCCUUGAUGACAGCUUUGCACACUCUUGGCAUUCUCUCAGCCAGCUUCACCUGGAAUGCUUUUCCAACAGUCUUGAAGGAGUUCUUACAUAUGCUGAGCACUUGUUGGCUGCUUUUUCCUUCACUCUGCGGUCCGACUCAUCCCAAACCAUCUCAAUUGGGUUGAGGUCGGGGGAUUGUGGAGGCCCAGGUCAUCUGAUGCAGCACUCCAUCACUCUCCUUCUUGGUCAAAUAGUCCUUACACAGCCUGGAGGUGUGAUGGGUCAUUGUCCUGUUGAAAAACAAAUGAUAGUCCCACAAAGCCCAAACCAGAUGGGAUGGCGUAUCGCUGCAGAAUGCUGUUGUAGCCAUGCUGGUUAAGUCUGCCUUGAAUUCUAAAUAAAUCACAGACAGUGUCACCAACAAAGCACCCUCACACCAUAACACCUCCUCCUCCAUGCGGAGAUCAUCCGUUCACCCACACCGCGUCUCACAAAGACACGGCCGUUGGAACCAGAAAUCUCCAAUUUGGACUCCAGACCAAAGGACACAUUUCCACUGGUCUAAUGUCCAUUGCUCGUGUUCCUUGGCCCAAGCAGGUCUCUUCUUCUUAUUGGUGUCUUUAGUAGUACUUUCUUCGCAGUAAUUCGACCAUGAAGGCCUGAUUCACACAGUCCCCUCUGAACAGUUGAUGUUGAGAUGUGUCUGUGAAUUGAACUCUGUGAAGCAUUUAUUUGAGCUGAAAUUUCUGAGGCUUGUAACUAAUGAACGUAUCCUCUGCAGCAGAGGUAACUCUGGGUCUUCCAUUCCUGUGGCGGUCCUCAUGAGAGCCAGUUUCAUCAUAGCGCUUGAUGGUUUUUGCGACUGCACUUGAAGAAACGUUAAAAGUUCUUGAAAUGUUCCGUAUUGACUGACCUUCAUGUCUUAAAGUAAUGAUGGACUGUCGUUUCUCUUUGCUUAUUUGAGCUGUUCUUGCUAUAAUAUGGACUUGGUCUUUUACCAAAUAGGGCUAUCUUCUGUAUACCCCCCCUACCUUGUCACAACACACUGAUUGGCUCAAACGCAUUAAGAAGGAAAGAAAUUCCACAAAUUAACUUUUAAGAAGGCACACUUGUUAAUUGAAAUGCAUUCCAGGUGAAGCUGGUUGAGAGAAUGCCAAGAGUGUGCAAAGCUGUCAUCAAGGCAAAGGGUGGCUAUUUGAAGAAUCUCAAAUAUAAAAUAUAUUUGGAUUUGUUUUGGUUACUACAUGAUUCCAAAUGUGUUAUUUCAUAGUUUUGAUGUCUUCACUACUAUUCUACAAUGUAAAAAUAAAGAAAAACCCUUGAAUGAGUAGGUGUGUCCAAACUCUUGACUGGUAGUGUACAUUAAACAUAUUAUCAUACAUUAACAUAGUGUCUCUGUGGCUGUCUGUCCAGGGGCUGUGCGUCUCCAGACCCCCCUACUGCUCCCAAGGAAUAGGAAGUUGUAUGAGGGCAGUGAGCUGGCCUGCUUCAUGGACCACAGCGGCAUGCUGGUCACCCUGCCCUACGACCUCCGGGUGAGCAUCAGGAAGCAGGAAGUACUACACGCAAUGAGUGGACUAGUGUCAGAGCCGUCCCGUGUAGCUCAGUUGGUAGAGCAUGGCGCUUGCAACGCCAGGGUUGUGGGUUCGAUUCCCACGGGGGGCCAGUAUGAAAAAAAAAAAAAAAAAGUAUGCACUCACUAACUGUAAGUCGCUCUGGAUAAGAGCGUCUGCUAAAUGACUAAAAUGUAAAUGACUAGAGCCAGGAUAACCUCAGGACAACCCUGGAACAACCUAAGAACUAACUGUCUGUUUCCACAUAGUGAUUUAUUGUAGUCCUGCAUGCACUGUUUACUGAGUCUCUCUUUUGUCUCCAUUCCAGAUGGCAUUCGCAAGAUUUGUGGCCAGAAAUAAUAUUACCCAUUUCAAGAGGUAAACCUCAUAGUCAGGAGUCAAUCACUGAAUUGUUGAAUCUAUGCAUGUUCAAUCUUUGCAUGUCAUCAGAACGUAUGUUUAUAUCCAGCAUAAUGUAACGGUGUGUGUGUGUGCAGGUGGAGCAUCGAGCGUGUGUUCCGGCCCAGGAAGCUAGACAGGGCUCACCCCAGGGAGCUGCUGGAAUGUGCCUUUGAUGUCAUUGUCCCUGUCACGAACAGCCUGCUGCCUGACGCUGAGACCAUCUUCACCAUCUCAGAGAUUAUCCAGGAGUUCAGUGUCCUGCAGGUACGAACACUGGACCACUUCCUGUCUGACUCACUCCUUUCACCGUGUUACUACCCCUGUCACAGUCUAGUUCAGGUCACAGACACUACUGUCCUUCCCUCACUCCCUGACAGUACACUCCCUGUCUCACCUCGGCCACACAGACACUACUGUCCUUCCCUCACUCCCUGACAGUACACUCCCUGUCUCACCUCGGCCACACAGACACUACUGUCCUUCCCUCACUCCCUGACAGUACACUCCCUGUCUCACCUCGGCCACACAGACACUACUGUCCUUCCCUCACUCCCUGACAGUACACUCCCUGUCUCACCUCGGCCACACAGACACUACUGUCCUUCCCUCACUCCCUGACAGUACACUCCCUGUCUCACCUCGGCCACACAGACACUACUGUCCUUCCCUCACUCCCUGACAGUACACUCCCUGUCUCACCUCGGCCACACAGACACUACUGUCCACCACCUGUCUAGCUCUAGUCACAGACCUGUUCACUCCCAGGACACUACACAGGGAUUUUUCUGCCAUUGAAAUUCUUGGGUGGGAAAAUAACUUUCAGUGUAAACUUAAACGACUAAAACCAGAUAUAAAGAAUGGAGGAAAGAUAAUGGAACUAUAUAUUUUUAAAGAUUGUAAUCUUUGAGAACUAACAAUCACCAAAAUAUAAGAGACAAUUUAGCAGUAUAGUUAGAACACAGUAUUAGCGAUGGCAAAAUGCAUCGAAUUGCAGGAAAAAAUCUUCUCUCAGCUCUAUGGCAGUAUAUGUAAAAUUGCACAAAAUUUGCUUUAAAACUGCAACAUUUUCUCUCAGCUGCAUGGCAAAAUGUGUAGAAUUGCAGGAAAUUGGCAUAUAAAAGCAAAAAUGUCUCUACACCGCCAAGAUGGGGGCCUCUAAAAUUCAGCCGGGCCGACCGCGCCCCCUGCCAUGCUCACUACCUAAGCCCCCUUUUGAUCCAGAAGAAACCCUGGUACAGUAGGCCCAGUUCACCCAGCAUGAGCCCAGUCCUGCUCUGUUCUGCUACAGCCAGAGGAUCACCAUGCCUCCAGGCCACCUCUAAAAGGCCCUCUCCCUGAUUGCACCAUUUACUGGAUAUUCCCUCUCUCUAUGUGUGAAAGCUUUUAAGAAUGUGUGAGUCACUGAAUGAGAGAGCAGCAGCCAGCCUCUGUGACCAUUAUUCACUGAGCAGUCCUCCUACAGUAGUGGUUUAGGGAUGAGCAGUCCUCCUACAGUAGUGGUUUAGGGAUGAGCAGUCCUCCUACAGUAGUGGUUUAGGUAAAUGAGCAGUCCUCCUACGGUAGUGGUGUAGGUAAAUGAGCAGUCCUCCUACGGUAGUGGUUUGGGUAAAUUAGCAGUCUUCCUACGGUACUGGAAUCAUUAAAACUUGUUUUUCAACCACUCCACAAAUUUCUUGUUAACAAACUAUAGUUUUGGCAAGUCGGUUAGGACAUCUACUUUGUGCAUGACACAAGUAAUUUUUCCAACAAUUGUUUACAGACAGAUUAUUUCACUUAUAAUACACUGUAUCACAAUUCUAGUGGGUCAGAAAUGUACAUACACUAAAUUGACUGUACCUUUUGAACAGCUUGGAAAAUUGGCUUUAGAAGCUUCUGAUAGGCUAAUUGACAUCAUUUGAGUCAAUUGGAGGUGUACCUGUGGAUGUAUUUCAAGGCCUACCUUCAAACUCAGUGCCUCUUUGCUUGAUAUCAUGGGAAAACCAAAAGAAAUCAGCCAAGACCUCAGAAAAACUGUUGUAGACCUCCACAAGUCUGGUUCAUCCUUGGGAGCAAUUUCCAAAUGCCUGAAGGUACCACGUUCAUCUGUACAAGCAAUAGUACGCAAGUAUAAACACCAUGGGACCACGCAGCUGUCAUACCGCUCAGGAAGGAGACGCGUUCUGUCUCGUAGAGAUUAACAUACUUUGGUGCGAAAAGUGCAAAUUAAUCCCAGAACAACAGCAAAGGACCUUGUGAAGAUGCUGGAGGAAACAGGUACAAAAGUAUCUAUAUCCACAGUAAUACAAGUUCUUUAUCGACAUAACCUGAAAGGCCGCUCAGCAAGGAAGAAGCCACUGCUCCAAAACCGCCAUAAAAAAGACAGACUACGGUUUGCAACUGCACAUGAGGACAAAGAUCGUACUUUUUGGAGAAAUGUCCUCUGGUCUGAUGAAACAAAAAUAGAACUGUUUGGCCAUAAUGACCAUCGUUAUGUUUGGAGGAAAAAGGGGGUGGCUUGCAAGCUGAAGAACACAAUCCCAACCGUGAAGCAUGGGGGUGGCAGCAUCAUGCUGUGGGCGUGCUUUGCUGCAGGAGGGACUGGUGCACUUCACAAAAUAAAUGGCAUCAUGAGGAAGGAAAAUUAUGUGGAUAUAUUGAAGCAACAUCUCAAGACAUCAGUCAGGAAGUUAAAGCUUGGUCACAAAUGGGUCUUCCAAAUGGACAAUGACCCCAAACAUACUUCCAAAGUUGUGGCAAAAUGGCUUAAGGACAACAAAGUCAAGGUAUUGAAGUGGCCAUCACAAAGCCCUGACCUCAAUCCUAUAGAACAUUUGUGGGCAGAACUGAAAAAGCGUGUGCGAGCAAGGAGGCCUACAAACCUGACUCAGUUACACCAGCUCUGUCAGGAGGAAUAGGCCAAAAUUCUCCCAACUUAUUGUGGGAAGCUUGUGGAAGGCUAUGUUUGACCCAAGUUAAACAAUUUAAAGGCAAUGCUACCAAAUACUAAUUGAGUGUAUGUAAACUUCUGACCCACUGGGAAUGUGAUGAAAUAAAUAAAAGCUUAAAUAAAUCAUUCUCUCUAGUAUUAUUCUGACUUUUCACAUUCUUAAAUUAAAGUGGUGAUCCUAACUGACCUAAGACAGGGAAUUGUUUACUAUUAAAUGUCAGGAAUUGUGAAAAAACUGAGUUUAAAAGUAUUUGGCUAAGGUGUAUGUAAACUUCCGACUUCAACUGUAAAUGAGCAGUCCUCCUACGGUAGUGGUUUAGGUAAAUGAGCAGUCCUCCUACAGUAGUGGUUUAGGUAAAUGAGCAGUCCUCCUACAGUAGUGGUUUAGGGAUGAGCAGUCCUCCUACAGUAGUGGUUUAGGGAUGAGCAGUCCUCCUACAGUAGUGGUUUAGGGAUGAGCAGUCCUCCUACAGUAGUGGUUUAGGGAUGAGCAGUCCUCCUACAGUAGUGGUUUAGGGAUGAGCAGUCCUCCUACAGUAGUGGUUUAGGGAUGAGCAGUCCUCCUACAGUAGUGGUUUAGGGAUGAGCAGUCCUCCUACAGUAGUGGUUUAGGGAUGAGCAGUCCUCCUACAGUAGUGGUUUAGGGAUGAGGCUGGACUGUAGUUGUGCUCAGAUGUAAUGGUGUCUGAGUUUGAUGAUGGUGUUCGGAGAGGAACUACCACUCUCUACCAGGGGAGAAAUGACUGUGUGUGUUGUGUUGGGUAUUGGUUGUGUGGUGUGGUGUAUUGGUUGUGUUGUGUAAUCGUGUAUUGGUUGUGUUGUGUAAUGGUGUGUUGGUUGUGUUGUGUAAUGGUGUGUUGGUUGUGUAAUGGUAUAUUGGUUGUGUGGUGUAUUGGUUGGGUUGUGUAAGGGUGUAUUGAUUGUGUUGUGUAAGGGUGUAUUGGUUGUGUUGUGUAAGGGUGUAUUGGUUGUGUUUUGUAAUGGUGUAUUGGUUGUGUGGUGUAAUGGUGUAUUGGUUGUGUGGUGUAAGGUGGAAUUGGUUGUGUUUUGUAAUGGUGUAUUGGUUGUGUGGUGUCAUGGUGUAUUGGUUGUGUUUUGUAAUGGUGUAUUGGUUGUGUGGUGUCAUGGUGUAUUGGUUGUGUGGUGUAAUGGUGUGUUGUGUUGGGUGGUGUUAGGAGAGGAACUACCACAUCUACCUGAACCACACCAGUCUGCUGAAGGCCAUCCUGCUACACAGCGGAGUCCCCGAGGACAAACUGAGCCACGCCUCCAGCAUCCUCUGUGACGCCAUGGUUAGUACUCUGCACACGGCACUCAUGUGCAAAUUAAACAUACACCAUGCAUGCGUAGAUUGUGUGAUAUAAGUUUUGUCCAUAACAUCUUUGUUCUACCACUGGAACUAUAAAAUGGUACCGUGUCUCUGUUCAUAGAGUGAAAAGCUGACUAGGCGAGAGGUGGAGGCCAAGUUCUGUAACCUGUCUCUGUCCAACAACAGUGUAAGUAUCUACUGUUGUCUGGUGAAAUCAUCAGUGUCUCCACUUUGACUCUGCUCAGAGGGAACAUACUGGUCAGCCUUUCUUGAACAUGGCCUUGCUCUCAGCAACAUAUACUAUGUUUUCUCUCUCUGUUCAGAUGGUGUAUGUUCCCUCUGUCUGAUGUUGUCUGUCUUUCCCUGCCAGUUGCAGACGCUGUAUAAGUACAUAGAGCAAAAGGGAGACCUUCAGGACCUGGUCCCCCUCAUUACCUCUCUGACCAAACAGAAGACUGCCGUCACCCAGCUGGCCAAGCAGGGCCUCAGAGACCUGGAGGAGCUCACUGGUCUGCUCAGGAGACUGGGAGUCAAGCUGCAGGUACUGCUACUCCAUCUCACCCUUCACCUUCAUCGUUACCUCGAGUCUGGUGUAUGACGUGCAUGGAGAGAAUGGUAUGAAAUGUUUUUUGCUGUGGAGUGAUUGAUUGAUUCUCUCUCGUGUGUGUCUUUUAGGUGGUGGUCAACCUGGGUCUGGUAUAUAAAGUGCAGCACCAUUGUGGGGUCAUCUUCCAGUUUGUGGCCUUCAUCAAGAAACGCAGACGCACGGUGCCAGACAUCGUGGCUGCAGGAGGGAGAUACGACCACCUGGUAAUGCCCCCAUCCUACCCAUGCCUCCAACAGAUUCAACCUAACAAGUGUUGAAGUAUCAGGGUUUCUGGUUCUCUUCCUGUAGAUCCUUGAGUUCCGUGGCCCAGCAUCCUCUGCUCCUGUCCCCUCGGCAGUAGGGGCCAGUGUGGCUCUGGACAAGGUCUGUGCUGCCCUGGCCAACAUGGAGGAGCCGGUGAGUACACUUCAUCAGUGAUAAUGACCCACAGACACAGAAGGUCAUAUUUGAUGAUGGCUUAUUACUUUGAGCCUCCAUUAAAGUUAAUGUCUGUUAUUAUCCUUCCUCUAAAAUGUAGCUAUUUUGGGAAAGGCUCUACUGUAUAUUUCUAUACUGUAGAAUGACAGUUGAUGGGUUUACCCCCAAACCCUCUGUAAUCAACUCUGAAUUAGUGUGGAGCUCUAUGUGUGUGUGCAUCUUUAAACCUAACUCCCUGUCUCCUAGCCCUCUAUCAGUUCAUGUGAUGUGCUGGUGGUGCCAGUAGGCCACACCUCCAUGGGCAGGGCCAUCAAUGUGAUCCAGAAGCUGUGGACAGCAGGGGUUUCUGCUGACAUCGUCUAUGAUGUGUCACAGGUAAGUGAUGAGCAGCCCGUAGCGCUUUCUGCUGUGACAAUACCUAACCAACAGGGGGCCUCUAUUCUAUUCUACCCCACAUGGACAGGGGGUCCAAACUGCCCGAGUUAUUUACCUUGACAGUAUAUUGACCUGUAAACAGUCAGGGGAAUGGGUUCCAUUUUGAGGUUACUUUUAUAAGCCUGUUAGUGUAGCACGUUUAAGAAAUACGAUGCCCAGUCGUUUCUUAUCGUCGACUUUCCUCAUCUCUGUUACUGUAAAGAGUUUUCUACGUAGUUUAUAUUUUCAGUUUGUAGUUGUCUGUUGACCAACUUUAACCUGAGAAGAGUUUCAAUGUGUUAUCUUGCUGUUGAAUGUGGGUGUUGUUCCCUGGUUCUGGUGCCAUGCCUCGGGUCACAUUCUUCAUGUUUAUGUGACAGCCUGAUCUCAGGCCAGGAGCUGUACGUCACUACUGCUGUGUGUGUCUCCCUCUGGCUCGCCCCCACAACCUGGCAUAGCGUGCAGCUGACAGCUCUCCUCUCUCUCUCCUCUGACUUGGAAACUUUCUUACUCUUCUUUAUCCUCUUUUCCUCUGUUUACCUUACCUCUCCCUUGUUUUUGCUGUUUCUUUGUCCUCGCCAUCAUUCCUUCCACCCCACCCCCUCCAGCAUCCUCUCUUUUCUACUCUUCAUUUUCUCUCUUGUUCUAUCUCUGGAACUUUCUAGAACAUCACUGAUUGCCCAACUCCAUCCCCCUGAGCCCCAAGCAGCAAUUAAAAGCGUUACUUUGUCUGAGCUCGCGCUGCUUUGCUGGAGAGGAACAACAUGUCACUCCCAAGUUGUAAAGGAUGCCUGCCUUAUGGAGCAGCCAGCCAGCUGGUGGGUGGGGGUGUGGGGGGAUUCAGGCUGCCUCUGUAGUGCGAGAGACAACAUCCAGUGGUCAGGAGGCAGUGUUCAGAGUUUAUUAAGUGCUGAGAUGCUCCCCUCCGAACACCUUUCACAUGCACUGUUUUUACUGGCAAAAUCUCCAGGAAAUGCUAAUUCAUGGUCCGGAGAUGGUUCCUCUCUUUUAGCUUUUACUAGCCAAAUAUGGUGAAGCCUAUCUGCGGUCAGCUGGGAGGCAAAUGGCAGAAAGCUGGUCGACCCACAGGCAUCCACAGUGGCAGACCUAUAGCCUCAGCUCUCUCUAUGUCGGUCUCAGUGUGAGAGCUGCUGUGAGGAAGCUGGUGGGGAGAGAGACUGCUGGAGAGACUGCUGGAGAGCAGAGCAGAGAGGUGAUAUACAGUACAGGUAUUUCCUCAGCAGAGUCCAUCUGCUGCUCUGCUCUGUUCUGACUUAGCGUUGCCUGCCAGAUGAAACCUGUCUGGCUGUAUUUGAUUAGGAUAAAUCAGCUCUGCUGCUCACACACAGCCACGGGUGAAUGCACUACCCGGACAGGCCCAGGUUUGGGCAAUGGGCAGAGUCGCUCUCUGUUCCAAGCUAAACUUGGUUCUCCGCCAUUCUGGAGGAAUUUAUGAGGCACAAGUCAAGCGUUCCCCCAGCACGCAUUUAAUUUUCCAGGCUUUACGUUGCCGUGGCCCAGUGGUAUCUCAGCCACCCCUGUUCUGUCUCCCACCACAUCACUUGCUCUGAUCUCAGUGUAAAAUGGGGGAGUUUUCUGCUUUUAUUAUUACAUUCCAACAUGUACUGCACACACUCUCCGUUUGCACAGGAACUGAUGAGACAUAAGAAAGCCACUGAAACCUGCCCAGCUUUCAUCACACCACUAAACCACCAGGACUGCUUUCAACUCUUACUCUUAAACAGACAGUCUUGCUGAAUACGCCACAAACUAACUUUCCCAUAAUCCAACUGUCGUAUUACAGGAGAAACAUAGAGCUGAGGGAGAGCUUAUCCUCAAACUAAUUCACUGUAUAGUGUUGAAGGAGUCCACUUGCUCGCUUAACUCUGUAGCCCACUGUUACCACAACCCCUAUAGCAGGGAUCAUCAACUAGAUUCAGCCGCGGCCCAAUUUUUUUCUUGAGCGGAUGGUUGGGGGGCCGGAACAUAAUUACAAAUAAUUUGUAGACUGCAAAUUGACCGCAAGAAGCCCAAACAGAUGUAAUAUUUGACUAAAACAUAAUCAUUUCAAACCAUGCUUACAUUUGUAUAUGAUCACGUCUCUCUAUUAAGCGUGGAAAUACUUGGGAACAGAUUUCCCAAAUUAAAAUCACUUGGAGCUGAUUCUUAGAGCUGAUUUCCUGGUGUUUUUUUAAAAUGUCCAACAAUGAAAAUUCAAUGAUUUCUUUUUUUGGGGGGGCUCAGAAAACUUGGGGGGCCAAAUAAAACCCCCCGCUGGCCAAAUUCCGCCUGCAGGCCACCAGUUGGGGAACUCUGCCCUAUAGCAAGUACAUGCAGGUUCUAAUUCACCAAAACCAUACAGUUGGUCAAUCCACAUAUAGUAGCAGUAACUGUAAAUGUUAGUCUGGGUCUGGAAAUAGGCUGCAGGAUCUGGAGCCCAUUGGGACAUCUUCUUGGGAGCAGUAUAUACCAUAUUUUAACUUGGCUAUUACAAAGUAGGGUUUUCUUCCCUCUGGAUCUGACUGUGUUGUUGUGUCCAGUCCCAGGAGACUCUGCUGGAGCACUGCAGACAGGCUGGCAUCACAUGCAUGGCCCUGGUCUCAGACAAGGAGGGGAACUACAUCAAGGUAAUAAUAAUAACUAUUCAUUUAUAUACGGCUUUUCCAGAUGAUCAAAGCUCUGAGGGCAACAGGGGGAGGGUGCAACUCAAUAUUAUGAAGAUGUUCCUAAUGUUUGGUAUAUAUGAGAAUUUGGAAUGAAAGUGUGUGUUGGAAGCAGGUCUGAUUCCCCUCCCUAUUCCCCGUGUGUCCCCAGGUCAAGUCCUUUGAGAAGGAAAGGCAGUCAGAGAAGAGGAUUCCAGAGUCUGACCUUGUGGAUCACAUUGUUCAGAAAUGUCGGACCAAAUUCAAUGAGGAGAGAAAUGUCAGGUGACAACACGGUUUACUAACUCUGUAAUAGACUUCCAGUGUUGUUGGGGGAAGAGACUGAUACAGCUGUGUUUGUCUCUCCUCCAACAGGGAAAUCUCUGAGACUGUCUCUCUUCAGAACUCCAAGGGAUCACUCGUCAGUACCUCAGGUACAGUUCAACAGCCUCUUGACCCUGUGUCCAAGGAUGACCCCAUUGCCUUUUACAGAGAGCAGAGCAGUAAUUAUGGUCCUCUGGUUUUCCAUGAUCCUACUUUGUUCUGGGUUUAAUUCCAUACAAGCCCCUACAUGGUGGUAGAGCUGUGUUAAAUGUAUAAUCAAAGAGCGAUGGUGAAUAUGUGAACUGCAAAGUGAUCAAUGCUAGUGUUACAUUUCACACCACCUCUGACUCACAUGUACAGUAGAUAUAAACCUUAACGCAACACACUGGACUUAUUAGUCUGGUUAACAAUGAUGGCUUCUCAGUCUACUGGUGUCUGUGGGUGGUGGUGGGAGAAGGCUGUAACAGUUCAGUGAGAGAGGAGCUCUGACAUAUUGCCAUGGUCUCAUUAGGAUUGUGUGUGUGUGUCUCUGUGUGUGGUGUGGUCUGGCAGGAUCAUCAGAGCAGCACGGGAGCAGUGCCUCUAGUAACAUGAAUGUGAACCUCAUCACCCCGGAGAAGGUGUCCUCUAGCACCAGACGACGCUACGAGACUCAGGUCUGUCAAUCAGUCACACGUCACUCACACCUGUCCUGGAGUAGGCUAUAACAGACAGAAAGACAUACACAACAGACAGACAAACCAGGCCAAGCCCAGUCAUGCAGCCGACCACGAGACCGAGACAACCUCGCCGUCUCUCUUUCUCUCUGGCUGUGUUUCCCAGCUCUGUCUCACUGUAGCGUUCGUCACAGUCAGACAACACGCCGCCUUUUACAAGAGGCCAGCCCAGGCUUAAACCCCAUUGGCUCGCGUAGAGACGGAUUGCAUGUGAGAAUGAAGUGGCUUUUGUUUCCCUGUUUCAUUGUAUUCAUGGGAGAAAUUACUCCUUUUCCCCCCCUCUCUCUUUUUUCAGAUACAAACCAGAUUGCAGAAUCUAGGUAGCAAUUUACAGAGCAAGAGCAAUGACAUCGAAGUUCUGGCUGUAAGUAAUUUGCUGUUUUCCCCGCUCUACACCUUAUCUGUUGAAUCCAUGUGUGAAAUAGAUCCAUGUGUGAAAUAGAUCCAUGUGUGAAAUAGAUCCAUGUGUGAAAUAGUGAAAUGAGGACAGAAGUUAGCUGAUCAGUUGGACUUUCUAGUGGUUUUCCCCUCUGUUCUUCUCUGCGGUGCAGAGGGGUUUACAGAGCUGUCCUGGAGGUAGAUGGCUACAAAGUGAUUCCAGUUGCUCCAAAACAGAAAACAGAAGGCGAGAGCGUGUAAUUUGGAGCUAAAUUGAUAUCAUAUUUCGUUUAUUUGUGGGUUCGUAGUAAAUUUGAAAGGAGGUAUUCACAGAGUAAAUUUAUAAUGCGUAUUAUUUACUGAUACGACAUAGUCCAAAUACAUUUGUCAUUCCAUAUGUUUGUGUCUGGUUCACAUCAGAGGGUUAGAGGCUAGAUGCUGGAGCGUGAGUUAUUGAAGCAUAACAGACAUAUUCACCUUGAUGCCGGUAUGUAUUUACUCAGAGCUAGAAGUCUGCUUCCAGGUUACAUCAGCAGUAAUGCUACCCGUCUGUCAUAGGUAAUACCCUUAACUAAAGAAAAAUGCAAUUUCCCCAAAAUAUAAAGGCAUAGAUGGAAGAUCAGCACUGACAGUUCUAUGAUUUCCUGCAAAGGACAUUUACCGUAGUGCACUCAGUGGUGGUGAGAGCACCAUGAAUGAAUUACAGUAGUGCACUCAGUGGUGGAGAGAGCACCAUGAAUGAAUUACAGUAGUGCACUCAGUGGUGGAGAGAGCACCAUGAAUGAAUUACAGUAGUGCACUCAGUGGUGGAGAGCACCAUGAAUGAAUUACAGUAGUGCACUCAGUGGUGGAGAGAGCACCAUGAAUGAAAAAUAACGAACAAUAAUAAGUCAAUGUUCUGCUCUGACUAAAUUGCUACAGCACAGUGUGCAAAUGAACUUCAUGACCUUAAGCUGUGGGAACUGAACCUUCUGUUUUGUGCUGCCAUUGUGGAAUGUGUCUUAGAUAUUUAUCGCUAAUAUUUGGAUACUGUGGCUGAGGUUACAUAUACUUCCUUAGGAAAGGGACAGCAUGCUAUGUACAGUAUGGUCUGGGAUUACAUGGUGAGAUACAGUAACAUCCAUUGUGUUAGUGGAGUCUAACGCACCUCCCUCUGUUGUUCCGUCCCAGGUGGACCUGCCGAAGGAAACCCUCAUCAACUUCCUGUCUUUGGAGGUCUGUACCCAGCUCUGCUUAUCAUGACCUCCGUCUGCACAGCCAAUAAAGGACAUCUUGGCAGGAUGGAGGAGGGGAGGGAGAAGGAGGGUAGGGAGGGAAGGAGAAAGGGAGGCCAGGAAGGUCAGGCCUUUGGAGAGGAAAAAGAAGGGAGUACUGACUCCUUCCUUAGCCUUGUCUGGGGAGGGGAGGGGGGAUGUGGGGGAACACCUUCACUCUGUCCUCAGCCAGCAGUCCUGCAAGGACCCCUCCAACAAACACCACAGAGUUACUGUCAGCUGGGACAAGGUGUGAACACUCACAUUCCAAACUCCUGGCUGCAGCGCCUGCCAAACAAAGCCGAAACCCCUAGCUUUCAUAAAAAAAUAAAAAUAGAAUGUCAAUUAUAUGGUGUUAAGAAACAUAAUAAAGAUGAAAAAUGCUCAGAACACAAGCUUAUGUUAGUAGACAAAGCGUAGAAUGAAUGGCGGCCUUAUACAGUUCCCCUCUCACGUCACACGUGGCUUUGUGAGUGAGUGUCAGAGAAAACACUUCCACUGUAUAAAACAACUUACAAUACACAGUGAGCAUGCCCGGACCCACAGGAAACCCUGCAUCAGACUGACUAAUUACCCCACAGAGCAGUGAAGGCCUGGGACUCUAAACUCUCCUAGCAGCCUCACUGGGAAGCUUUACUGCACCGCCAGCCAAAACAGGCAAAAAUAUACAAUGUGUAAAAUCCACAACCCGUAGAUAUAUAUUUUAUAUGGUGGAGUCUCUGACACGGUAACUGCAAAUACAUAAACAUAAACAACCCUGUUUGUUUGAUCACAGCGGCUAUGUUGAAUGUCUGAUUGCUCUCUCUCUCUCUCUCUCUGCCACUUCUCUCUCUGUAGUUUGAUGGAGAUGAGCCGUUCAAUAUCAGCGUUAAACAUCUGCUGUCGCGCCUCCCCAAGCAGCGCUACCUCAAGUCCAUCUGCGAGGAGAUCCACCGCUUCAAAAUCAUGAAAAGGUGCAUAGUUGUACCUGUGGUUACUGGGCUGUUUUGAACAGGGUCAGAGUGUCUCAGGGCAGGCGAGCCCAGCCCAGCCAGAGUGUGAGAGCAGGGCAGUAGACCCCAUCGCCUCGCCCCUGUGUGCUCCCAGGGUCUGACUCAGGCCCUGACUCGCCUUUUUAUAAAAAAUCAUGAAACCUGAGGAAAACGGUAGAGAUCAUUAAAGGCCCUUUAAUAACCAGACUUCCUUUUAUGACCAGCAAACACCAGAAAACCCCAGCCCACACCAGGUGUGUGGAUGUCAGUCAACUCUUCAAACGGAGUAGGUCAGAGAUAACUAUAGUCUCUAAAACAACUCCUCAGAUUUCCAUUUGGAAUCUGGGGUAAGGAUUUGGACUGUUUGUCUGUCUGCUCUCUGGGUGUUUCCACUGUGAGUGACACCGAGAGUCCUGGGCCAUAGGCCAGGUCACAUGCAGGGUUUAAGCCCCACUGCAGGCUGUCUGUACAGGGGCCUGGGCUAAUAUCAGCCUCACUGCCUAUAACCCUGCUCAAAGACUCGGCUAAACUCUCUCUAUUUGGUUUUCAUUGCCUAGCUUUAUUUGGAUGCUCAGAACAAGGAGCCUAUGUAGGAUUUGAUGGAUGUUCUCUUUCAUGAAUGGGGAUAAUGCAGGAAUAAGCUAGAGCCUCUUUCUCUGGCUCCAUCUGGGCUCUUCGUAGACUACCCAGAGCAGUUGGUUUUAAUUUCCUGUGUGUACUGUGUGUCUCAUUCACCAUUAAGGAAAAAGUGUUUACUGACAAAUUAACGUCAUUUGGGCUCGCUAACAAUGGAGAUAUUCAUGGUGAGUUUUUUGUAUUUAUUUGUUUUGGCUGGAACUAGGGCACGGAGAGGACAAGAUGAGUGGGCCAAAGGUCACAGUAGUCAACAGUCACCUGGCUGCACUGUGCCUAUAAACUACCCAUAGGGCCCCACAGUCAUUGAGCUGCCCCAGUCUUACAGCUACAGCCACUAUUUCAUGUACUUCAAAACAGACUAGCCGCCCGCCAGGUCAUCUGAAAUGCCCUGUGAAAGAAUGGAAAGCUAGGGCCGAUAUUGAUCAAGGUGACAAUUAAUAGGAAUGGUCCUAUUAGGUUGUUUUACACAAUGAACUGGCCAGUUAAACAGACUUUACCUGGUGUGGUAGGCUUACACAAGAAAUGACUUAUAGGUUAUUGUCUGUCGUUGAUGUCCAUAGCAAGUGUUAUACAUUCCCUUUGCAUAUGGAAACAUCAACAGUCUGCUAGUGGACACAUGGUGGGGUUGUUUUGGACAAAUAUUAAGUGUCAAGUUUUUGACUUGACAAGUGUGUUGUCUUUGCAGGGUUGCUGUGGUGGUUUUGUACAGCUACAAGGACGAUUACUACAAUAUUCUUCUGUGAAACCGAAGAUGUGUUACUGCCCAGGACAAGCUCCAAGCUGCUCCCAGCACAACGGGCUCGCUGUGCAUUUCAAUUUAGUGAAACAGUAUCUGUUUGAAAAAGUUGACAGCUUUAUUAUGACUUUUCUUUUGAGAGGGUGAACCCAAAUGCAAAAGUCAACUUUUACAGUGUUGAAAUGUAAUCCAGGUACAAUCAGCUGUUACCCCCAUAAAGCUCACGGCAUUAUGUGCUCCUCCCUACAACAAGAAGACAAAGACAGUUUCUAAUCUUCUUACUGUACCUGCCUUAAUCGAACAGUUCAUAUACAUUCUGAAGAGGAAGGGUUUUUUGAUUGCAGAUAAUGUUUCCAAAUUAAUGUCCAAUUCCAUAUUUUUUAAGUGACAUGAUGAAUAAUGGAAAUAAAUCAAAUUUUUCCUCAGUUUGUGGUUCUCUUCUAUGAAAAUG